AAUAAUGCCACGAGAGUAACAUCACUUGUCUCCCACUUGCUUAUGCCGAUGAGUAAGACACCCUUAAUAUCUGUAUUUCUUGUUUUGUACUGCACCACUAUUGGAAAUCCAGAGUGCACUUGUGAUAGCCUACCCUACAGUACCGGUGGUUUCCGUUAUCAAAGAUCAUGCAAUAAGACUUUCGAUGAGGCUGAGAAGUAUUGCAUUGAUUUGAAAGGACAUUUAGCUUCAAUUCACAGCGAGGAAGAGAACAAUGUCGUUCAUAAAAUGUCAGAGAUUUAUCAAAAUUACACAUCUUACUCCCAUUUUACUUGGAUAGGCUUGAGACGCAAAGGUGAUACAUGGGAGUGGACAGAUGGAACACCUCUGGAUUUCACAAAAUGGUCGGCCAAAGAACCUAACAAUUAUAUGAACUUAGAUGAAAACUGUGUUCAGAUGUAUACUGGCCAGUUGUCCACUUGGAAACCUAAUACGGGUGAUUUUGAAUGGAACGAUGUCAACUGCGAGAAAAAGAUGUUAUUCUUUGUUUGCAAAAUGAAAAAACAAAUCAUAAAAAGUAGAAAGAUCUAGCUUCUGGUCAAUCAUCAAUACAUGGCAAAUAAACAGUU